CCACAAGACCACAUAACGACAGAAAAUAAUUCCAAAUUAGAGGAUGCUAAUUAUCAGCAAGGCAUCAUAAGUGUUAUACAGAAAAAUUAUACGGAUAAAAGGUUUCAUUUCUUUAACUGGUAUGUAACAUUCUAAAUUUGGAGUAUCCUCUGCCCUGCAUGUCCUUCUUAACCCGACGCCUUUUCACCAGUGUGGCCCCCACAUGUUCUUCCCCUUCCAACCAGAUCAAAGCAUUCCUUUCAAAGGGUCUGCAUCAUCACAUACUUCAACUUUUCACUCAACUCCAUCUCUCUGCUCACUCUUCCAUUCCCUUUGUUCUUCCUUCAGUCAUCAAGGCAAGCUCCUCUGCUCAAUGUCAUGCUUUUGGUACACAACUUCAUUGCUUGGCUCUCAAGACAGGCUCUCAAUCUGAAGUAGUUGUGUCCAAUUCCAUCAUCACCAUGUAUGCCAAGUUUUCAGAUGUCGAAUCGGCACGCCAAGUGUUUGACACAAUCUCUCACCGAGACCCCAUCACCUGGAACUCCUUGAUUAAUUGUUAUCUGCAAAAUGGGUGUUUCGAAGAAGCUUUGGAAUUGUUGAAAGAUGUGUACUUUCAUGGUCUCGUUCCUAAGCCUGAGUUGCUAGCUCGUGUGGUAUCCAUGUGUGGGAGGAAAAUUGGUUCAAGGAGGAUAGGGAGACAGAUUCAUGCUCUUGUUAUUGUAGAUGAGAGGAUAGGACAGUCAGUGUUUCUGUUAACAGCUUUUGUGGAUUUUUAUUUUCGUUGUGACGAUUAUUUGAUGGCUUUGCGUUUGUUUGAUGGAAUGGAGGUGAAAAAUGAGGUUUCAUGGACUGCUAUAAUAUCUGGAUGCAUUGCUAACCAAGAUUAUGACGAGGCUUUUGCAUGCUUUCGAGCAAUGCAGGCUGAGGGAGUUUGCCCAAACAGAGUGACAUCAAUUGCUCUGUUACCAGCUUGUGCCGCCGACCCAGGCUUUUUUAAGCAUGGGAGGGAGAUUCACGGUUAUGCAUUUCGUCGUGGGUUUGAAUCGUGUCCUACUUUCUCAUCAGCACUUAUAAAUAUGUAUUGUAAUUGUGGAGAAUCACUGCAUCUUGCCGAGUUAAUUUUUGAAGGGUCUGGUUGUAGAGAUGUGGUGUUAUGGAGUUCGAUCAUUGGGAGUUAUUCUCGAAGAGGGGAUAGCUACAAAGCAUUGGAGCUUUUUAAUAAGAUGAGAAGUGAGGAAACCGAACCAAACUAUGUAACCUUGUUGGAAGUGAUCUCUGCCUGCACAAAUAUGUCUUCACUAAAGUAUGGCUGUGGACUACAUGGCCAUAUCUUUAAAUGUGGAUUUAGUUUUAACAUCUCUGUGGGGAAUGCACUUAUAAACAUGUAUGCCAAGUGUGGUUGUCUGGAUGGUUCCCGUAAGAUAUUCCUAGAAAUGUGGAACAGAGAUUCUAUUACGUGGAGUAGUUUGAUCAAUGCCUAUGGCAUUCACGGAUGUGGUAAACAAGCAUUACAUCUUUUUUACGAAAUGAAAGAGAGAGGUGUGAAACCUGAUGCAAUAACCUUGCUUGCAGUUUUAUCUGCUUGUAAUCAUGCUGGCCUUGUAGCUGAGGGACAACAGAUAUUCAAACAAGUAAAUGAAGAUUGUAAAAUUCCGUUAACCAUUGAGCAUUAUGCAUGUCUAGUUGAUCUUCUUGGAAGGUCAGGCAACCUUGAAGAUGCUUUGGAAAUACUGAGAACAAUGCCCAUGAAGCCAAGUGCAAGAGUAUGGAGCUCUCUAGUAUCGGCUUGUAAGCUUCACGGCAGACUGGACAUAGCAGAAAUGCUAGCUCCACAUCUUAUAAGAUCAGAACCAAAUAACGCUGGUAAUUACACAUUGCUGAAUAUGAUCUAUGCCGAGCAUGGUCAUUGGCUUGAUACAGAACAAAUGAGGAAAGCCAUGAAACAACAAAGGUUGAUUAAAUGCUACGGGUUCAGCCACAUUGAGGCUGGAGAUGAGAGUAUCUAGCAUAGCAGAAUGCACAGCUUUAUGCAAGAGAGGAAAAGAAAAUUAUGAUUAUGGAUACCAAUACAUUGGGCACUGGUCAGUCUAUUUCUUAGCAAAUGUCAUCUUUAUUUUUGUGCAAAAUCAUACGUGCUAACAAGUCUUCCAGGUGUAUUUGUUGAAUUUGGGCAUAAGAUGUAUUAAAUUUAACAUUUUUAUGACAGAUUCGCAAUUUAUUUAAUACAAAAACAAAGGCCAAGAAUCUC